AACCUGAUCAUACAUCUGAUAGCGAAUCCCAGGAUGAUACAUCUCGUCAUAUUGCCAAUCAUAUUCUUGAUUUAUUUGAACAUGAAGUCGAAAUGGGUCGAAUGCCAGCGCAACUUCUUCCUCUGCAAUCUGGUAUCGGAAAUAUUGCUAAUGCCAUCAUUGGAGGUCUAGCUGAUGGACCUUUCUCUGAUGUUGAAGUAUGGACUGAAGUUAUUCAAGAUACAUUUCUUGAUUUUUGGGAACAUCACAAGUUAUCUUUCGCUUCAGCCACAAGUGUGGCAUUUUCACCAGCUGGAUUUAAAAGAUUUUAUGAAAUGUGGGGUGAAUUAAAAGAUCGUUUAGUUCUUAGAAGUCAAAGUGUUAGUAAUUCUCCUGAAAUAAUUAGAAGGUUGGGUGUUAUUGCCAUGAAUACUCCAGUUGAGUUUGACAUAUAUGGACACGUAAACUCAACCCAUGUGUGCGGGACAAAAAUGUUAAAUGGACUUGGUGGUUCGAAUGACUUUUUAAGAAAUGCAAAGCUCAGUAUCGUACAUACUCCAUCUACAAGGCCUACAAAAAAAGAUCCUAUUGGCGUCUCUUGUAUAGUACCAAUGUGUUCGCAUAUCGAUCAAACUGAACACGAUCUAGAUAUUCUCGUAACUGAACAAGGACUAGCAGAUGUUCGAGGCUUAGCUCCAAUUGAGCGAGCACGUGUAAUCAUUGAUAAAUGUGCACAUCCUGAAUAUAGACCAAUCUUGAAUGAUUAUUUAAAUUUAGCAGAAAAAAAAUGUAUGAAGAUUGGUGCUGCUCAUGAACCGCAUCUAUUGGAUAAAGUAUUUAAAAUGCAUUCAAAUGUUCUGAGUGAAAAUAAUACUAUGAAAAUCGAUAGCUG